CCGCUCUCUCUAUCAAUAAACCUUUCUCUGUCUCUCUUUGUUUUGUAGCUUUACCCUACUCUUUCCUUUUUUUUUCUUUUUCAAUUCCAUAUGCAAAUGGAGGAUCAUCGUCACCAUCAGUAUUCCAUGCCUGAUCUUAGGCAACUACUGAAUGGAAAACCAAUCAAUUUCCAACAAUUUCCACACGAUGCUGAGUUAUUCUCCCCCGGUCACCGGAAUUCGCCGCCACCGCACCACCACCACCACCACCCUUCUGAUAUGAUGCAAAUGGCGGGUAUGCCAUUUGGUUCCACUGCUACUACUACUGAUCCCGUGGCUUCCGUUGUGGCGGUCACUAGUGCUUCCACACUUAGUCCCAGCUGUGGGUUCGAUGGUGAUGCCGCCACUGCUUUCGGAGGAGGAGGAUCUGGAAGGUGGCCGAGGCAAGAGACUUUAACACUCCUUGAGAUCAGAUCUCGUCUCGAUCCCAAGUUCAAAGAAGCUAAUCAAAAAGGUCCUUUAUGGGAUGAAGUUUCCAGGAUCAUGUUGGAGGAACACGGGUACCAAAGAAUUGGGAAAAAAUGCAGGGAGAAAUUCGAAAACUUGUAUAAAUAUUAUAAAAAGACUAAGGAACUGAAGGCCGGUAGAGAAGACGGUAAACACUAUAGAUUCUUUCGUCAACUUGAAGCUUUAUAUGGAAAUACCAGCAACAACAAUGGCGUUUCAGGCCAAGAGAUGUAUCACUCUCAAAAGCUUUGUGAUAGUCUUCGCCUCUCUAGUUCCUCCAAAUUCGACACUUGUUCGUCGGAUAACAAUGUGUUGAGCACUGCAAAGAAAAGGAGUUCCAAGAGAUGGAAAGCAAAGAUAAAAGAGUUCAUUGAUUCUCAAAUUGGGAUGCUAAUGGAGAGGCAAGAGGCAUGGCUUGUGAAACUGACGAAGAUGCUCGAGCAGAAGGAAGAGGAGAGGGUUUUAAGGGAAGAACAAUGGAGGAAAGAAGAAGCGAGCAGGAUAGAUAGAGAGCAUAUGUUUUGGGCUAAAGAGAGAGCUUGGAUCGAAGCUCGUGAUGCUGCUUUAAUGGAGGCAUUGCAGAACUUGACCACGAAACAAUCGAAGGCCAGUGAAAACCAUGAUGAAAAGGAAGAUGGGUGGCAAGAAGCUGAGGUUUUUAAGCUGAUACAGCUGAGGGCGGCCAUGGAAGCGAGGUUCCAACAAGGAGGGUUUCAUGAAGAGGUUAUUUUGUGGGAGAAAAUAGCUGCUAAGAUGGGUUGUUUAGGCUUUGAAAGGAGUGGUUUAAUGUGCAAAGACAAAUGGGAUGCCCUAAUGAAAACCAAGGAGAUGAUGAGUAACAAAAAACGAAAGGAGAAUACAAGAGGAUGUGAUUAUUAUCAGCACAAUGAGUCGCUCUAUAGUACUCAUCAACCAAAUGAUGGCUCCUCUCACGCUGUAAACGAUAGUUGCUUUCUGUUCUUCAUGGCCGAUGGGGAUAAUAACUUGUGGGAAAACUAUGGUUUGAAGCUCAGCAACUGAUGAG